UAGUCGCCUAGCCGGCUGCACUUACUUUCAUACGCUAUAAACGUUGGCUGGGUCUGAAAAUGCAAUUUUGAUGGGAAGAACGUUCUUAAUGUCCUUCUGGGGAAUACAAGGGCGACACGACACUGUUUCAAGAUAGACAGAGGUGUCCUCACACGCGUAUCACAAUGGAUCUCUCAUUUAUGGCUGCGCAGUCGGUCAUGGCGGGGGCCUUCAUGGACUCGCCCAAUGAUGACGACAGCACGGACCACUCACUUUUCAACUCCUCGGCUAGCGUCCACGCCGCCUCUAUGGCGGCCCAUGACCAGCCGGAGCGGGAGCCCAUGUCCCGCGACGCCAUUUGGCUUUGGAUUGCAAUCACCGCCACCAUAGGGAACAUUGUGGUCGUGGGAGUGGUGUACGCUUUCACUUUCUGAGUGGUGGAAGCCAUGAUGGAGAUGUGCCAGCAGGAGGAAGCUUCUGGACAAGACAUUUGGACAUGAGCUAAGAACACCACAGCAGCCAACGGCCACUCUCAAAGGCUACACUGUUACAGAACAGUGAAUGAUUCUUGCAUUGGCAUCUUGUCCAAACAUUUGAAAGACAAGGCAUUGUUCACAAUUACAGAAAUGAAUAUGUCUAAUUAGUUGGUCAUGUUACUGCAGCCAAAGGUCAAAAUAUGGAAUAUUGUAUACAUUAUUGCUGUUGACUAUACAUUAAUUAAGAUGUUAACAUUUCUGAUGAAGCUUUAAAUAGUGAACAGUGAUGUCCUCUGAAUACCCUCAGAUGUCAUUGGUCAAUUCUGAAAUCAUUGGACGUAGAAUAUUCAGAUAAUAAAACCUUAGUAACGUGCUGUUUGGAGCGUUUAGAGAUCAUUGUAUGGAAAGUAACACUGGUAAGUUUUAGCAUGUCUUUAACAUCACAGUCGUUACUGUAUUCUACAUCUAUCUGCCCGAAAUAUGGAGUUUAUGACAAACAUACUAGACACAGAAUGUCUAAAGACCUUUACUGUCUGCAUGACAAUAUAGUUCACCUGACAGUAUCAGUUUUGGAUUAAGUUAAUCUAGUUCUCUGCUUUUCUCCUCUUUUUUGCCUCAGUGAGCCUUGAGUGCUGAAUAGACAAUCUUUCCCAGCAUAUUUAUAUCUAAGAUGGUAUGGGUAACCUAAAUCUAUUUCUCUUAAACACCCCUAUCAGACCUCAAACCCAUAUUAGCGGGAACUACAAUUUAUAGGAAUGGAUGUUCACCUUGAACACUUUUCACAGAUGUUUACAUGUGGAAACAACAUUCCUCACACUUAGAAGUCACUUGGAUUCAAGUCUAAUGUACAUACAUCUUGAUGUGACUGCUGUAACCAUUUCAAUGUCGGUCUUGAUGUAUAUUUUGAUCGAGUAUUAUCUUUCUUCCUCUUUAUAGUCUCAAAACACAUUGUAACCCAAACUGCCUUCCAAGCCAAAUAGUUUUAAUGACCCCUGGAUGCGACAAUAGCCAGUUGCCAUAGCGAUGCAUCUCUGUCGCUAUGUGCCUCAAGGAUACCAUGUCUCUCGUUCCCAGUGCAGCACACCUGUUUAUCUCUCGCUAAACUCCCUAGCACAUCUACCCAACAGUCUCUCUCUCUCACACACACACACACACACACACACACACACACACACACACACACACACACACACACACACACACACACACACACACACACACACACACACACACACACACACACACACACACACACACACACACACACACACACACACAUACAUAGGCUCUUUACAUGUGGACAUCGAUCACAUCAUACAUUAGCUGAUAAUGUUAUAGACUAAGAGUCAACUUAGAUACCAUAGGUUGAAUGAUACUCUACACAUAUGCGCUUUAGAGCUCUAAUAGUGUUUUACUGCUGGUUGCCCUUAGAUACCAUAAGCAUUACAUAUU